AUGGGAAACUGUUGCAUGGCGGCAUCAUCAAUGGAGUGGGACGGAGAGGAUUGGAGUGAUUUGAAGUCGAAUAAGAAGAUGAGCUCGAGAAAAGUGUUUGACGAAAGUGGUGGUGAUGUGCUGAGUUUAGCGAAAGUGCAAAAAUUGAAGCAUAUGGGGUCGCUGAGAGCUUCUCCUGAUGCGAAUGGGAAGGUGAAGAUAAUGAUUUCAAAGAAGGAGUUGGAAAAACUGUUGUUGGAGAAGCAACAACAGGUAAAUAAGAAGCAAGCAGUGAGAGGUUCUGCAGAAGAAGUUCUGCUUCGCUUGGUGAAGGCCAGAGAUCAUGAAUCUGGUCAGAGAUUGUGGAUGCCUGCUCUAGAGACUAUUCCUGAGUCUAGUUGAUUGAAGAUGACACAAGAAUCUGUGGGAAAAGGCUUGCAUAUAGAGAAGGUUAUCUGUGUCAGUUAAUUGUAUAGAACAGCUUGUAUUUCUUAUGAAUAAAUUAUUACGUAAUGUGUUUUGCAUACUUUAGGUAGUUAUCUUUUCUGUUGUUUAAUUGCAGAGUUCCUUUGUAUAAAGCUUCUGUAUCUACCUUUGAAAAGUAAAUAAUAGUUUUUUAGUCUU